CCUAGGCCCACACUUCUUUCAACUGGUCAAAACGUUUUUUCGCUGAACAUCUGUGAACCUCUGGCAACAGUGACACCCGUAAGGACUAGCGUGUUGGCAACAUACGUAGGCUUUCUACGGAAACAACACUUCAAUGCCACGACGAAGUCACCCUCAAAACGAUGUUUCAAAAGUGUAUCUCGACGGCAAUUCUUCUUUUACCGUUAGUAUCACCACUGAAUGGUUUGUUUGCAUGCGUAAAAGGGAUAUGCAAGAAACCGGAUAUCAAAAAGUUUGUAUGUACAAGGGAUCGUAUAUGGACAUACAACACGAGUUCUACGGACUUCAUUAUGUGCAAGUGUGACCACAUGAAAAGCUACCAUAACAUGAGUAUGUUCUUCACAAGGUCAUUUUUCACCGACGAUCAUUGGCAUCGGAGCAUUCAGAAGCUUGAAGGAAUGUUUUCAAAGCAACGUAAAGAAGUGAUGCAGGUCAGCAACAAAGAACACGUUGUCACUUCGAUAGAGGAUCUUAUUUAUAUGAGUGAAAGAUAUCGCUGUGCAGUGAUUAUAGUGAAGCAAUUCACACCCACUAAGCAAACGUUUUAUGACUUGCGAGUUCGGGAUGCCUACCUUAAAACACGUCCUCACGAGAAAUGCGUGAAACGUUUCGAGAAGCUGACACCAAGAGGACAUGGAAUUUAUAUGCCGAAAUGCAAAAUUAUUUUAGGAAUCAAAUAAAAGUUAUGAGGCAAUAAAUUUCUGUAUUCCCACAUAAAGUA